UUUGAGCUCUGCAGGCUGGAAUCCCAUCAGGUCAUUAGGGGUGGGUGGAGCCAGAGCAAAAGUUUUCAUAUCUGCUGAGUGGGGACAGGCAGCAGUUCUCCCUGAAAUCACCAAAAACUCAGGUUUUUGUGUGAGAAGUUGURAUGGGGUUCAGAGCUGCUUUGUUUGGGUUUGUGCUUCUCCUGGUGGCUGGAAAUCUGGGUUGUAYGGCACAAAACUGGGUCAUCUUCGGCACCAAUGAGACUCUCCACCAAACCAAAGGACCAGAACCACCAGUGACYAGCAGCUCACACCAGCACCACCAAGAGGAGCAGCAGCAGCAGGGAAACCAGACGGAGCAGAAGCACCAYGCUCCCGUCACCUACCGGCUGAAGACGUACCAGCUCCAAAACCUGUCGACCCACUUCACCAAACAAAAACUGCUCGUUGGAGAGCCCACCUCUCAGCCAGCGACGGCCUUCAAACCAACCUCUGAGCUGAAGAAAGCCGUCCAAGUUGARGAGGCCUUGGUCCACACUCUGGAUCAAAACCAGUCCACAACUGAGCCUCCCAAGGAGGAAUCAAAGGUGGAGGAGCAGCAGGUUCCAGCGCCGGCUCAGAGUGUUGUUGUGCGCUGUGGUGAAGGAAAUGUUUUUGUGGGGGUCAAACAGGACUUCCUCGGAAAUGGCCAGCUGAUUCAUCCCAGUGACCUGACGUUGGGAGGCUGCGAGGCGUUUGACACAGUGGACCAGAUCGUGCUGUUUCAGGCAGAACUGCACGGCUGUGGCAGCUCAGUUCUGAUGACUGAAGAGACCCUCAUCUACACGUUCACCCUGAUGUACUCUCCGACACCCAUCACGAACUCCACCAUUUUGAGGACCAACCCUGCUGAGUCGACGGUCCAGUGCCACUUCAGAAGAAGGAAUGUUGCGAGCAGCAACGCCAUAAGGCCCACCUGGACGAAAUUCGCCUCAAAAAUGUCAGCAGAACAGCAGUUUCGCCUUUCUCUACGCCUCAUGAAAGAUGACUGGGCUUUGCCCAGACCUUCCAACAGUUACACCCUGAAAGAUGUCAUCCACAUGGAGGCGUCCGUCCUCCAGGGUUUCCACAUUCCUCUGAGGGUUUUUGUGGACCACUGUGUGGCCACCGUGAACCCGGAUCCCAACUCUCAGAUCCGAUACCCCUUCAUCAGCAACCACGGGUGUUUAAUGGACGCUAAGCUGACUGGAGCAGAGUCUUACUUCAUGCAGAGAAGCCAGGAGGAUAAACUUCAUUUACAGCUGAAAGCCUUUAAGUUCCAACAGGAUGACAGGAACUCUGUCUAUAUAACCUGCCACUUGAAAGCGAUGCCACUCUAUCAUCCCAUUGACACUCGGCACAAAGCCUGCUCAUACUUAACAGAGGCCAACAGAUGGGUGGCGUCAGGUGGAGACAACAAUGUGUGCAGCUGCUGUGAGACCAACUGUGGAGGGCAGAGACAGAAAAGACGCCUUGCAGCAGAUGCAGCUCUGAGGCGGGAGGAGACGUCAGCUCUGGGUUCCAUCGUGAUGGAAGAUGACCUUCUGCCAGAAGAGCUUUCUCCUGAACCAAUUCUUCAGCCGCAGAUGCAAGAAGAUACUCAAGAUGCCUCAUCUUCAUCARCAGCCCUGUUGUUGUAGAGCAGGUGCAGCGCUGGUGGUGCUGGUUUUCACAAGCACUGUAAUCUGCAACAGACGCUGCAGUCCCACUGGACAAUCUGUUUGUACAUGACUUUGAAGACGAUAAAUAAAUAUUUCUUACAAAGA